AUGCACCCUAGUAUGAUUGACCACGAAUUGAACCAAAUCCAGAAUGAGAUCGAUGAAAACCUAGCAUUUAACCCUGAUAUAAAUAGUAUUCAUUUGUGGGAAAAAGCAAUCAUAGUCAAAACUUUUAGCACUAAUGAAACACUCACGUUUAUACUAGACAUACCAAUAGUUUCAAAACAAGCAUAUAACCUGUUGCACCUUUACUCCAUCCCAAAUAAUAAUAACACUAUCCUUAUACCCAAAAAUACUUUCCUUGUCUUGGGAAAUAAUGAGUUUGCAUAUCCCCACGAGCCCUGCAUAGAAAUAGCAAAUGACGACGUCAUCUGA